AAGUUAUGCAACAUUCAUUCAAGUCUAAACAGUAUCACCACACGCAAUUCGCAGGUUUCCGAGUAGGUUUCUCAAUUGUGUAUGUUCCCCAAUUUUGCGAUAUUCCCUUUUCAGAUUCCCAAUAUUAGACCCAAUUAACAGCUUGUCGCAUUUACUUUCAUGGUGGGGUUUUGUUUUUGGUGUUGGUUUGGGUUUUCAUUACAUUAAGCAUUUGCCUUUUUCUCCAUAUACCUUGCUUUGAUUCUGCUUCCAAUUUUCCCCCAAAUUUCCUCUUACAUGUUUGUGGGUUUUGUCUGAUCUAUGCCUAUCUCAUAACUAAUCUCUUCUUCCUGUAAUAAUUCAACCAAACAAGGAAAGGAAAGUGUUUUUUUUUAAAAAGGUUUGAAUCUUUUUGACAAUCCAAAGUGGGUUCACAUCAUGAAAAAAGGUGAAAACUUCCCUUAAAUUCAUUCCUUGGAAUCUAUCUUUUCCCUCUGCUAUCUGGGCCCUUCUUUGAUUUCUCUUUAUGAUUGCUUGCUUUCCUUUACCUUUGUCUGCUAUUGGGUUUUAUUUUGAUUGAAUCCCCUUUUAAGGGUUUUGAUGAUUAAUCAUUGGAUUGGAUUUUACAUUAUGGAAUCUUGAUGGGUUACUUUUAGUGUUAUUGGAAUUUGUAGAUUCUUUUGUGGGGAUAAGUUUAAUUGUCAAUUUCAUUAGAUUGGUGUAAAUAAAAACAUUGGAGGGUGUAAAUAAAAACAUUGGAGGGUUUCUUUUAGGGUUUUUUCUACUUGUAGAUUCUUUUUUGUGGGGAUUAGUUUAUUGUCAAUUUCAUUAGAUUGGUGUAAAUUAAAAGAUUAUACUAGUUUUAUUUUUGAUUGAUUGAUAUCUGGCUAGGGUUCUAUAGAAAUGGCUGCUGGUAUAGAUUUAUCCAAGUAUGCCAACCAUCCUGUUCAUAAGGCAAUUGCCACAAAAGACUAUGCUAAUCUCAGGAAAAUACUAUCUACCCUGCCUCGUCUUUGUGAUCCGGCAGAAAUUCAAUCUGAACCCGCCUCAUUAGCCGAAGAACAGAAGGCAGAUGCAAUUUCAGCUGUGAUUGAUAAGCGUGAUAAUGUUCCGAAUCGAGAUACCCCACUUCACCUUGCUGUAAAACUUGGUGAUGAAACUGCAACUGAGAUGUUAAUGGUUGCUGGGGCUGAUUGGAGUUUACAGAAUGAGCAAGGUUGGAGUGCAUUACAGGAAGCAAUUUGUGAUAGAAAUGAAAACAUUGCGAAAAUCAUUGUUCGACAUUAUCAACCUUUAGCUUGGGCUAAAUGGUGUAGAAGAUUGCCGCGUUUAGUUGCAACUAUGAGGAGAAUGAGGGAUUUCUAUAUGGAGAUUACAUUUCAUUUUGAGAGUUCAGUGAUUCCUUUCGUAUCUAGGAUCGCUCCUUCCGAUACCUACAAGAUUUGGAAAAGGGGUGCUAAUUUAAGGGCUGAUAUGACCUUGGCUGGAUUUGAUGGGUUUCGAAUCCAACGCUCAGAUCAAAGUAUUUUGUUUCUUGGUGAAGGAUCUGAAGAUGGGAAGUUAGCUCCUGGAUCAUUGUGUAUAAUAACUCAUAAGGAUAAGGAGAUAAUGAAUGCACUUGAUGGGGCUGGUGAUCAAGCUUCUGAAGCUGAGAUACAACAAGAAGUUGCUUCAAUGUCUAAGACUAACAUAUUUAGACCUGGGAUUGAUGUGACUGAAGCUGUUUUAUUGCCACAGCUUACAUGGAGACGUCAAGAGAAAACCGAAACUGUUGGGGAAUGGAAAUCUAAGGUGUAUGAGAUGCAUAAUGUUGUAGUUAGUAUUAAGUCUAGAAAGGUUCCUGGGGCUAUGACUGAUGAAGAGUUUGGUUCUUCAACUCUUGAUAAUGAAAGUGAUAGUGAAGAACUUAAUGAAAUUUUGACUGAUGAAGAAAGAAAACAACUUGAAAGUGCCCUUAAGUUGGAUCCAUAUGAUGGGUGUGAUGAUGGGAUUGUGGGGCAUAGACAUAGCUGUUAUGAAUCUAGAGAGAUAUCUAUUGAGGAUGCAAAUGGGUGUAAAAAUGGGGAUGUCAAAUAUGAAAAGAAAGGAUGGUUUGGUGGUUGGAGGAAAAGGGAACAAAAGAAGGUUGCUAUUCCUAGAAAUUCGGUUUCUGUUGAUGGGAAAGGGAGUGAUGGAAUCAAACCAGGAAGGCAUUCUGUAGAUGUUGUAAGAGGGGAUGAGGCACAAAGAGGGAAGGAUAAGAAAGCAUCUUCAUCGGGCAAAGACUCGAGUCAAGAGAAUGAGUAUAAGAAGGGAUUGAGGCCUAUACUUUGGCUGUCCUCUGACUUUCCGCUUCGUAUAGAGGAGCUCUUACCCUUGCUUGAUAUCCUUGCCAAUAAGGUGAAGGCUAUUCGCCGUUUAAGGGACCUUCUAACAACAAAACUUCCUAUGGGAACGUUUCCCGUCAAGGUUGCUAUCCCAGUGGUUCCGACAAUAAGAGUAAUGGUUACGUUCACUAAGUUUGAGGAAUUACAACCCCUUGAGGAGUUCUCGACACCUCCUUCCAGUCCAACGGCAUCCUCAAGCGACGGUCCCAUAGUAAGCAACACUUCAGGCUCCUCCUGGUUCCGGUGGAUAAAAACUCCUUACCAACGCACAAGCUCAUCAAGCGAUAGCUGUUCCGGAACCAAGACAGAGAAUAACAGUGACGACCCAUUCGUAAUUCCGUCCGAUUAUGCUUGGAUUACUGCUGAAGUGAAAAGGCGAAGGAUGGAAGAAAAGAACAAAGCUAAGAAAGGCAAACACAAAGAUCAAUCGAGUCGGGCACCUUAAUAGCUUAUAUUAUACCUAGCGUCUGAAACAACUGACAGAUCGGGAAAUGAGGCUUGCACAAAGAGCAAAACUGCACAUUCGGUUACGAUGUAGAUAGAUAAUGCUAAUGUUGGAAACGACUUCUGCUCGGGCAAACGGGAUACCGAAAAUGUGGGUGUUUAACUAAUUUAGUUACAGUACUGUAUGCAAAAUUGACAUUUAGUUCAUCUAUUAACACUUUCUGAUUGUAUUCUUUUCAAUUAGUAUAUUUUCAAUCUAAGAUUUCCCUGCCUUUGUAUGGGAGGAGAUGCAAUAUAUUGUUUUGAAAUGGUAACUCACUUUUUUGACAAUGCAUUAUUCGUUAUGGUAUGAGUUGCUAUUUUUCUUUCCUUUC